GGUCUACAACCGGGCACCUCUUGUCUGCUUGAUAAAGAGCGGAAAACUGUUAAUAAACGUAUACCAUCUCCGAGUUAAGGGAUCAGCAAGAGCCUCCCCACGUUCAAAAAUAUUCUAUUGCUGUGAACUAGCCGGUCAUCCUAAAGCAUGGAACAAUUAAUUCCUGUCAUAAACAAACUGCAAGAUGUUUUUCAUACUGUUGGAGCUGAUGCAAUUCAGCUACCACAGAUUGUUGUUGUCGGAACUCAGAGUUCGGGGAAAAGUUCCGUCCUUGAGGGUCUCGUAGGGCGUACAUUUUUACCCAGAGGAACUGGUAUUGUUACACGAAGACCUUUAGUUUUACAACUUGUAUACACCCCAUUGGAGGAUAAGGAACACAGGUCAGCUGAUGAAGGAACCCUUCACUUGGAGGAGUGGGCAAAGUUUUUGCACCUUAAAAACAAGAUAUUUACAGACUUCAACGAAGUUUUAAAAGAAAUCGAACAUGAGACGGAGAGGGUAGCAGGACACAACAAGGGAAUAGCCCAUGAACCGAUGAAUUUAAAGGUUUACUCUACAAAAGUUGUUAAUCUUACACUAGUUGACCUUCCUGGAAUCACAAAAGUCCCUGUUGGUGACCAACCAGAUGACAUUGAAGCAAAGAUUUAUGAACUCAUCUUUAGCUUUGUGAGCAAUCCCAACAGUUUGAUUUUGGCUGUAACUCCAGCCACUACAGAUUUGGCAACUUCUGAGGCCCUUAAACUUGCAAGAGAAGUUGAUCCAGAGGGAAGAAGAACAUUGGCUGUAAUCACCAAGUUAGAUCUCAUGGAUGCAGGAACGGACGCUAUUGAUGUUUUGUGUGGCAGAGUUAUUCCAGUAAAACUUGGCAUUAUCGGAUUAGUAAAUCGCUCCCAGAAAGACAUACAAAAUAACAAGAGCAUCGAAGAAGCAUUAAAAGACGAAAUGAGUUUCCUCCAACGUCGUUACCCUACAUUGGCCACCCGCAACGGAACCGCAUAUUUGGGAAAAACCUUGCAAAGGUUGUUGAUGCACCACAUUCGAGACUGCCUUCCUGAGCUCAAAACACGGGUCAAUCUGAUGAUGUCGCAGUUCCAGGCGCUACUUCAUUCUUAUGGAGAUCAAGUGAAAGAUAAAAGUCAAACGUUGCUUCAGAUUAUCACCAAGUUUGCGUCUUCGUAUUGCGCUACGAUCGAAGGCACAGCAAGGAAUAUUGAAACCACAGAACUAUGUGGUGGUGCUAGAAUUUGCUACAUCUUCCAUGAAACUUUUGGAAGGACAUUGGACUCUAUUCAUCCUCUAGCUGGGCUCACUACUUUAGAUAUACUCACUGCCAUUCGAAAUGCAACCGGUCCAAGACCUGCUUUGUUUGUCCCAGAGGUUUCCUUUGAACUCUUGGUAAAACGUCAAAUUCGCCGCCUCGAAGAUCCUUCGCUGCGGUGCAUCGAAUUAGUGCACGAAGAAAUGCAAAGAAUUAUCCAACACUGCGGAACAGAAGUCCAACAGGAAAUGCUCCGCUUCCCGAAAUUGCACGAAAAAAUUGUAGAUGUAGUCACUUCUUUAUUGAGGCAACGUCUUCCUCCAACCAACGUCAUGGUGGAGAACCUUGUAGCCAUUGAACUAGCUUAUAUCAACACGAAGCAUCCCGAUUUUCAUCGAGAAACAUCAUUUGUGUCGACGUUGAUGCAUUCUCAUGUUGAAGAGGCUCCCGCCCAUAAACUUCAGCUUUCCAAACAAGCCACGAAAAAACAAACAGUGGUCUAUCCACCCAAUAUAGUCAACGGUGAUUCGCCGUCAAAAGAAAUUCGCGUUCAGAAAACAUCCAUGUCAUUGAUAGAGAGCAAUGGUGUUGGUGCUCCCAAUGUUGUACAAACCAAUUGGUUGACCAAUUUGCUACCUGUCGGACGGGAUGAAUUCCCGAACGACACGUCUGCCGAAAACACGCCGACUGCGACGCCCACUCAUCAUGCCGGAUCGACGCCACUUCAAAAUUCUUUUGGACAUCAGAAACCAGUCAAUCUGCUGUCGGAAGCUGUUCAUCAACCCGAACGAAAAUUGUCGGAACGAGAGAAAAGGGAUUGCGAAGUUAUCGAACGACUCAUCAAAACCUACUUCUACAUCGUCCGAAAAUCGAUCCAAGAUUCUGUCCCCAAAGCUGUGAUGCACUUCCUGGUCAACCACGUCAAGGACAACUUGCAAUCAGAACUAGUUACUCAUCUUUACCGACCAGAUCAAAUAGAUUUACUUCUCUCUGAAUCUGAGCACAUAGCUCAGCGACGUAAGGAAGCCGCUGAUAUGCUUGAGGCACUUCAGCGUUCCAGCGUCGUUAUUGGUGAAAUCCGGGAAACGCACUUUUGGUGAAGUCAAAUCUAAAACACAUUUCUCGGUUGUAGUAUGCUCUACGUUUCCGUGAUCUAGUCUCUAUUCUUUCCCCAUCACACACGAUCGCUCAUCGGCAACAUUUUUUUUUUUUUUUAAUUAGGGCCCUACUUUUUUCGGUCCUCCCCCACUUUUU